AUGGAGAAAUUGAUGGUAGGGAGCUUAGGCACUGAUAAGAUAACCUAUUUGAGAAACGGCAGCUCGACAACGCCAAGGGUGCUUGGCCGGAGAAACUUCCAGAAACACUAUGGGCCAUUCGGACAUCCUACCGAACGUCCACCGGAGAGACCCCAUUUUCUCUCGCCUUCGGAUCGGAAGCUGUUGUCCUCGUGGAGAUCGGUGAGCCUUCUUACUGAACGGAAAGCUUUGCCCCGAAGGUUAACGAGGAAGCACUAA